AUGGAAUCACGCAAUGGCACUCAAGUGACAGAAUUCAUUCUGCUUGGAUUUGCUGGCCAACAAAAAUGUUGGCAUAUCCUCUUCAUAAUAUUUCUAGUCAUCUAUAUGGUCACUCUCGUGGGUAACAUUGGCAUGAUCCUACUCAUUAACAUUGAUUCUUCCCUUAAAACACCUAUGUACUUCCUCCUCCAAAAUCUGGCAUUUGUUGAUCUCUGCUAUUCCUCUGCUAUCACUCCCAAGAUGUUGCAAAACUUUGUAGACAUAGAACACUCCAUCUCAUUUAUAUCAUGUGUGGUACAAACACUAGUAUAUGCUACCUUCGCAACAAGUGACUGUUACAUCCUGGCUGUUAUGGCAGGAGACCGUUAUGUGGCCAUCUGUAACCCACUCCACUACCCAAUGGUCAUGACCCAAAGAGUCUGCAUUCAACUCUUAGUUGGCUCCUAUAUCAUGGGCUUGCUAAAUGCCUCUGUAAACACAGGUUUUACUUUCUCACUGAACUUCUGCAAAUCCAAUAAAAUAAACCACUUUUUCUGUGAUGAACCCCCAAUCCUUGCCCUGUCGUGCUCCAGCACUGAUUUGAGCAUCUUACUAUUAACCGUGUUUGUGGGGUUUAACUUGACAUUCACUGUGUUGGUGGUCAUCUUUUCCUACAUAUGGAUCCUGACUGCCAUCCUGAAGAUGUCUUCUGCUUCCGGGAGGAAGAAAGCCUUCUCCACCUGUGCCUCCCACCUGACAGCUGUCACCAUUUUCUAUGGAACCCUCUCCUACAUGUAUCUCCACCAUGGGACCAUAGAGUCUCAAGAGCAAGAAAAGAUGGCUUCUGUAUUUUAUGGCAUUAUUAUCCCCAUGUUAAACCCACUUAUCUAUAGUCUGAGGAACCAGGAUGUGAAAGUAGCACUAAAGGGGAUUAGAAAGAAAUAUUUCUAG